GAUUGUGUGACGAAAUAGCCGGAAGCAACGCUUGUUCUUUCUUUCUUUCUUUCUACUACCCCUCCCCAGUCGGCGCACCUAUGGGCGGACCCAGAGUGCGCGCGCCCCUCCAGCAGCGCGCUCCCAAAAAAGAGAGCGAGCGCUCACUGUAAAAGUAACAGAGCGGUAACAUGGCGUCUGUGUGCGUACGCCGCUGAGCUCCGCUGGGGAGACAAAGUUUUGCAGGAACCCCUGCGCAGCUCUCCCGCCUUCAUGUCUACGUCCCUCCCGGCACUCUGAAGAAGAGCUGCCCUUCUCACAGUACGCCCAGCCAUGCUUGAGGAUAAAGGGCACCGUGUUACGGACUACUUUGUGGUGGCCGGGCUGACGGAGAAGUCCACGCCCCUGGAGCAGGACCUCUCAGAGACCAAGUCCAGCGGGCCCAAGGCUCCCAUCACGGACUUGGCGGUCAUCAACCACUCGGCGGGUGAGACCGUACCUGAGGGCUUCACUUGCCUGGAGAAUACUCCUGGCGGACAGCCAGCCAACCUCAACCAUGGCAGCCUCAAGAGUCCUGAGCUCUUCCUGUGCUACAAGAGGGGACGUGAGAAGCCUCCGCUCAUCGAUGUCGGGGUGCUAUAUGAAGGCAAGGAGAGGGUGAUCCAGGGCUGUGAGGUCAUCCAAGCCACACCGUAUGGCCGCUGUGCCAACGUGAACAACAGCUCUACCACCUCGCAGCGCAUCUUCAUCACCUUCCGCCGCGCAUCGCCUGUCCAGCCUCAGAAUUCGCUGGCUGUCACUGAUGUGUGCAUUAUCAUCACUAGCAAGGGCGAGACUCCACCCCACACAUUCUGCAAGGUGGACAAGAAUCUUAACUGUGGCAUGUGGGGCUCCAGUGUAUUCCUGUGCUACAAGAAGUCUGUCUCCUCAUCCAACUCGAUAGCUUACAAAGCAGGCCUUAUCUUCAGAUACCCUGCUGAGGACUAUGAGUCUUUCCCCCUAUCUGAAUCCGUGCCCCUCUUUUGCCUGCCCAUGGGAGCCAGGAUUGAGUGCUGGGCGCCCAACACCCGCUACCCUUUACCUGUCUUCUCCACCUUUGUCUUAACUGUCUCCUCUGCUGAAAAGAUGUACGGUGCAGCCGUCCAGUUCUAUGAGCCGUACGCAGUAGAGCUGCUGAGCGAGAAGCAGAAGACCCAACUGGGCCUGCUCACAGUGGUGGACAAACGGCCAAUCCCCAACCGGACAGUCCACACAAACAAGUGCAUCUGCCUGCUGUCCCGCUGGCCUUUCUUCCAGUCCUUCCGCAAGUUCCUCAUGUUCCUCUACAAGCUGUCUGUUUCUGGACCCCAUCCGCUCCCCAUUGAAAAACACAUCUCCCACUUCAUGCACAAUGUGCCCUUCCCUUCUCCACAGAGGCCACGAAUCCUGGUCCAGCUCUCAGCUCAUGACAACCUGAUCCUCUCCCAGCCCGUGUGCACACCUUUACCCCUUAGCGGGGCAGACUUCAACACCCUGCUGUCCAACCUAGGGGCUGAGAACUGCGCCACUCUGCUGCACUUUGUCCUGAUGGAGAGCAAGAUCCUGCUGCACUCAUUGCGACCAGCCGUGCUCACCGGAGUGGCUGAAGCUGUGGUAGCGAUGAUCUUCCCCUUCCAGUGGCAGUGUCCUUACAUCCCCUUGUGUCCCCUCUCGUUGGCGGGGGUCCUGAAUGCCCCCUGUCCCUUUAUCGUUGGUGUUGACUCCCGGUACUUUGACCUGUAUGAGCCCCCUGCCGAUGUGGUAUGCGUGGAUCUCGACACCAACACCAUCUAUCUAUCUGAUGAUAAGAGGCAUUAUAGUUGGAAGAACCUCCCAAAGAAACCAAGCAAGAGCCUGCUGAGUUCCUUGAGCAGUCUGCACCAGCAGCUUACUUCAGUCCUUAGGACUGCCCCGGAGGGCCUGGCUGUGGACAUGACCCCCAUGGAGGCAGACUUUACUUGGCACAAGAGGAAGACUGCUCUGGAGAUGGAGGUGCAGGAAGCCUUCCUGCGCUUUAUGGCCUCUAUCCUGAGGGGCUACCGCACCUACCUCAAGCCCAUCACCCAAGCGCCCUCGGAAAAGGCCACCGCCGCCGACUCGCUAUACGACUUACAGGGAUUCCUGAAGAGCAGAGAUCGCACCCACCAGAAGUUCUACUCGCAGCUGACCAAAACCCAGAUUUUCAUCCGCUUCAUUGAGGAGUGCACCUUUGUCAGCGACAAGGACACUGGCCUGGCCUUCUUUGACGACUGCAUUGAGAAGCUGUUUCCUGUGGACAAAGGCACAGACAAAGGAACUAAGGUAGAGGGCGAGUCUUCUGAAGACCCAAGACUGAUUGAGCUGGAUGAGUCUCAGAAGAGUGACCUCACGGUCUUUGUCAUGCCUCCUGAGCCACCGUCCGACGAUGGGGCCGACCCCGUAGCUCGCUACAGCUAUAAGAACUUCCCCCGGCUGCGCUUGGAGCUGUUUGACUGCCCCCAAGAGCUGCGGCCGGCACUCAGCAGCAAUAUGGCUGGGUCCAGCGUGUCCAGCAGCCCCGCCUUGUUGGCCAAGAGGACUAAGCAGGAAAUCAAGUUGGCCUCCAAGAUGGCAAAGCGCUUUUACCUGCAGCCCCAGCUGUGGGGACGUUGUCUGCUGAGCCACUGCUACAGCCUGUGGUUCAUUUGCCUGCCGGCAGGGGUGCGAGCUGCCCACUCCAAGCUGCGUGCCAUGCAAGAGGCCUACAGCGUGCUUCUCAAGAUGCACAGCACUGAGGUGGAGGUGCUGGAUGAGGUAUGCUACCGUGUUGUCAUGCAGCUGUGCGGUCUCUGGGGCCUGCCUGUCAUGGCUGUUCGUGUGCUGAUGGCCAUCAAGAAGGCGGGAGUGCAGCCCAACGCCAUCACGUACGGAUACUACAAUAAGGCGGUACUGGAGGGUCCAUGGCCCAGCAGGAACAGGAGUGGCCGUUUCAUGUGGGCCAAAGUGCGUAACGUGGUGCGAGCGAUGGUGCAGUUCAAACAGGCGGUUCUCGCCGGUCACGGUGAAAGGUCCCAUCUAAUCAGUGCAGGGGAGUUGGUCGGUUGCUCGGAUGGGCGGGACGGUGAUGGGGUGAGCCACGGCAGCACAGACAGUACGGACAUCAACGGGGAGGAGCACACCCUGUUCGCCCGUGACUUGGUUGUGGGAGAAACUGCAGAGAACCACUGCAGCACAGGUGGUCAGUCAGAUCAGGGCUAUGGGUCAAAGGAUGAGCUGCACCAGGAUUUGCUGGAUGGGCUUCAGGUGUCAGUUGCUCUCUCCAGCACAGAGCAGCCCACUACACCAAAAACACAACACAGCGGGGAACAUGCAAAGGACUGUGUGAUGGAUGGCACCAGCUCGGAGGAUACACCUCUGCUCAUCCCGGUUCCCAGCAUCGUGAGGCUGUCCACAGGAAGCUUUGAUAACACCACAGGCAGAGGGUCCAACAGCAGCUCCGGGGGGAAGCUGUUCACCUCACGCAGGUUGAGCGAAGAUGUGGCUCUGCCAGAGGCGGACAUGAUGCUUCAGCAGGGUGCAGCUCGGGAGGUGGACUCCCAGCUGAGGCGGCAGAGGGCCUUCUCAGAGCGCAGCUGCAGCUUCAGUGUGGAGAGCCGUGCUGGAAUGCUGCUCAAGAAGGGAAGCCUGGAGAAGAGCACAGACCAGAUGGUCACUGAGAUGGGUGCUGAUGCCAAAAUCCUGGCUGCUGCCCUUUCUGGGAGCAAGACCCCACCUGCCGAUGCCUCAGACCGCUUGAUUAAGGAGGGCUUGAGGAGCUACUGCAGCAAAUCGGAAGGAGAAGACAGUGUGUUUGCAGACGUCCAUGAGACGGGUGAGGCAGUCGGUACUGAAAGUGAAGCGGCAAUAGAGGUUCCCGCUGCCGAGAUUGAUCCUGUGGUGCUACGGGAGGAGGCAAAGCAGCGAGACUAUUCCAAACGGAGCAGCUCUUACUCGCGAGCUGUGGAGAGGGAGGAUGUGGAGAAGGGGGCUGAUCCCUUGUCCAUAAUGGCCACGGAGAGCACAGAUUCUAUCUCUGUGCAGAGCGAAGAGACUCAACACGUUACAUCAGUGGCAUCUCGCAACCUGGCUGAUGAGAUUGAGCUGUACAUGAACCUGAAGAGCCCUCUGGGCGUUAAGUCCUCCAGCAUGGAAUUCCACCAGGGGCCUCCAAAGGAAGAGGUACAGGGGUCAGAAGCAGUGCAGAGCAAGUCCCUCGAGAGGAGGUCCAGCCUUCCUGUAGCACCCGUAAAGCCACCCAGGUCAGCCUCUGAGACACCGAAACGGAGCCCCACUGUUCCCCGCUCCAAGACUUUUGCAGCAAAACCCAAGGGCCAGAACCAGCGUUCUGUGUCCCUGUCAGCGCUUGUCCGCUCCUCCCCGCACGGCUCUCUGGGCUCCGUUAUCAAUUCCAUCUCCUCCAUCAAGAUGGACAACCUGCUGUCUGGGCCGAAGAUGGAUGUUUUGAAGUCUGGCAUGAAGCAAGCGGCCAGUGUGGCCAGCAAGGUGUGGGGUGCGGUGGCCUCAGCCUAUGCGUACUCUGACGACGAGGAGGAACAUGGCCACGGUGAGGGUAACUUCCCUGCCAGGCUGGAAGAACACCUGCUGGAGGGCAGUGGGCAGGACAGUCCCAACCCCAGGGGUAUGGUCCCAGGCUUGGCCUCCAAUGGUCUCACACAGAGCAGGACCAGCCUGGGCAGUAGCGGGAGCAGUGACGCGGGGAGAGCAUCGCACCCCACCCACAUGAUGCAAGGAAGGCCAGGGAGGGGUCCAGAGUCAGAACAGGGUUCCUCUCAUCAUGCAAGCUCUUCCAGCAUCUACCAGAACUGUGCCCUUGAGGUGCUGAUGUCCAGCUGCUCCCUGUGUCGCUUUUGCGAGGCCCUGGUUUACGACGAGGAGAUCAUGGCCGGCUGGACGGCCGAUGACUCAAACCUCAACACCACAUGCCCGUUCUGCAAGAGCACCUUUCUGCCCCUACUCCACGUGGAGUUCCGGGACCUGCGGGGCACCUCCAGCUUCGUCCUGAAGCCCAGCCGAUCAGGCGACAGCAUACACAGCAGCCGUGUGCCUGAGACAUUGGAGUCCGCAAGGCCUGAGGGUGAAAUGCAAGACCUCAUCAGCUUCAGCGAGGGCCCAGAUGAGGCUGUGGGAGGAGCCAAGGGAAAGCAUGGAGACUUGCGCAACAGCCUGGGCCUGGAGGCGGUGCACUCUGGCACCAUGGAAGGGAAAUGGGGUACCUCUCUGACCCGCAGCAACAGUGUGAGCGGGGCUCUGCAGAGUCUGGAGGUCACCCCACGGCCUUCCCACGGGGUCUCCACCACCAGCUUACCCUGCAGCCUGCAGGAUGCGUCGGAUUCCCUGGGGCAGAGGCGGCCCAACCCCCUGCCUGUGUCAGUGCCCUACCUCAGCCCGCUGGUCCUGCGCAAGGAACUGGAGUCGCUGCUGGAGAAUGAAGGUGACCAGGUCAUCUACACCCACAAGUUCUUGAGCCAGCAUCCCAUCAUAUUCUGGAAUCUGGUGUGGUACUUCCGUCGACUGGACCUGCCAAGCUACCUGCCAGGACUCAUCAUGACCUCGGAACACUGCAACAAUGGCGUGCAGCUCCCGCUGACCUCCCUGUCCCAGGACAGCAAGCUGGUGUACGUGCAGCUGCUGUGGGACAACAUCAACCUGCACCAGGAGCCCAGUGAGCCGCUCUACCAGAUGUGGCGGACUUUGUUGGGGAAGAAGGAACAGUUGGCCCCCACAGAUUUCCAGGAAACCAGAUCUCUGCUCAACAGCAUUGUGAGAAACAUUCAGUCCAACGAUGUGACGAAGCCCAUUGAGCUCCUUCUCCAAGAAGUCAAGAAGCACCCAGAAGCGAAGCGCCAGAGGAGCAUCUAUAGAGAGAUCUUGUUCCUUUCACUUGUGGCUCUGGGACGGGAGAACAUUGAUAUUGAGGCCUUUGACCGAGAGUACAAGAAGGCCUUUGACGGACUCGGCCCUGAGAACGUGAGGGCUCUGGGCACAAUGGACAGGCCUCCCAGCAUCGGGGUGCAAUGGUGCCUGAAGUGUUUUGGAGCACCAGUCAUCUGAAGACAUCUCCUGAAGGACUGCACCCGGGCAGUAGCAGAAUUUAGGCUUGUCCAUUUCUUGCCUCCGAUUUCACCCAAAGAAUACUUUUUAAUCGCACCACUGGGCUUUUCUUUGCCUGUGCCUCAUUCACCUGCUCUGCCAGCCUUAAUUUCUUACUACAUCUUUAUUUUUGUAUAAAAGCUUAAAGCUGUGUAUGUUCUGUGCUGAUGUAGUUUCUCUAUUUCAGGUGUUUAGAAUUAUGUUAGUUUGUCAUACUUGAAGGAUGUCAUCCUCCAGAAAGCAGCCUUUUAGUGACAUGUUCCAUAUGAUGCUCUGAGUCCUAUCCUGACGUUUCCAGUCCAAGUACCACAACUGUCUGCUGCUUCCUGUGCUGUUGUGGCUUUAUGUUCAACAGAACAUCUUAGAUAAAACCUGUUACUACUUUUGUUUCCAUUAACCACUUAGUCCUGCUUAGGUAAUGUGCAUAUUAAAUGUAUAUAAUUAACAUAUGUAUACUUCUUAAGCCCCUGUACAUAUUAAGUUUUCAUAAGGGUUGGCUUUAGGUUUUCCUUAAUUUUGUACAUACUCUCAAAGGACAAUCUGAAUCAAGGCUGUGUUAGACAUGAGGGAUUGUUACAGUUCCCUAUGACUGUCUUUAAAAGCUACAGUAUGCAGGCCCAUGAUGCAGUGGGACUGGGGAGGGUACAAGGGAUAUUUCUAUACUGCUUUGUAUGUUCUGGUGUCUGUGCUGAUGAGAGGGAAGAAGGUGCUGUUGACACAUUCCAAACAGGAGAGCCUGUGGAGUGCAGAGUGACUCCAUGGACAUGCAGGGAACACAGUCCAGUCUUUAACAAUUCCAUGUUGGCUGAGAUGGAGACUGUCACAGGACCGCACGCAGCACAGGCUCUCCUGCUGAACACUCGACUCUUGGGAACGCUAAAUGUGUGUUGAACAGAAGCCCUUGUGCUCAGCAUUUGAAAUUGGGGAAAACAUUCCAUAUGUCACAUUUGUCAUAGGAUUAUUAUGCUAGUUUAGUACUGAAAGAUUUUAAUAUUGAUCAAGUUUGAGGUGUUGGGAUAAAGUUCAGGGAUAAUGUUUUAUAGAAGGCACAAUAUUCAAUUAAUGGAAAGCUUUUAGGCAAAGGCUUAAGUCUAUGUCUGUGUUGGUUCUCUUCUAUAACCAACUUCUUGAAUUAACCCUGACUUGUCUUUUAGCAGGAUAGUUCCUAAAGGUGGAAGGGUAGGCUGUGUUGCACAUGUGAAAUAUUUAACCUGUCUAAAUUUAAUAGGGGAUUGCUGUCGUCCAUUAAAGUAACAUUGUGCUUAAUUUUAGACAGUAAAGCAACUCUGUGCUGUCACAAGGAUAAGAUUUGAGUGUCUGUGGAAAACAUUAAUAAAAUGCAUCCUCUGA